GAAGUAUCAUGCGUCACACAGAUAUUCACAUACUGCUUAAAGACAUUCCAGACUCAACUCCGAAAUGGAGUUUUUCCUCAGAUCUCCAAUGAAACUCCUGCUUUUCGCUGCCUGGUUUUCAAGUGUGCUGGAUCCAUGCAGAUUUGAUGACAUUUGCCAGUCCUGUCACCAGAAUGCCAGCUGCAAGACGAGUGAUGGCUCUAAAAAGACCUGUGACUGCAAUCGAGGGUUCACUGGCAAUGGAAUCAGCAAUUGCCAGGAUGACAAUGAGUGUGAGAAUGUAACCGGAAUAUGUGGCCCAAAUGCCACAUGCAACAACACUGUUGGAAGUUACUUCUGUACCUGCAUGUCUGGAUUCACUACAAACGGAAAGCAGAAAUUUCAAACUAAUGAUGGGACAAACUGUAAAGAUAUUGAUGAGUGUGUGGAUGCUGGUAGAUGUGGACCAUUUUCUAAAUGCCACAACACAAACGGCUCAUUCAUCUGCUCGUGUAUAAGAGGUUAUACGUCCCCAGCAGGGCCCUGGUUUAAGCCUAAAAACGGGAGGGACUGCAGAGAGAACCCAAAGAAGCACUGCCAUCAGGACCACAGAUGUAUCAAAGAUGCUAUUAACAACACACUGGAAAGAAUGAUUAAUCUGUCAACUCCAGAGCGUCUGAAAGAGAUAAGACAUCAAACAUCAGCUGACCUCUCUCCUGUUCUCCUCAUGUCAUACAUCGAGGCCAUGGCCAGCCAUAAACCAAGUCCUGAGGAACACAUCAGUGAAACCAUCACGAAUCUGGUUUUCAGUGUGAAUAACUUAGUCAAGAAGGAUGAAAAGGUGGAAUGGGACAAGAUGAAUGAGGAUUUGAGGAAAUAUUACAUCACCACACUCCUUCACACAGCAGAGAAGGAAACACUGGCCCUGUCUGCUGGAUACACACACACGACGCAGAUGCAGGUGGAUGCUGGUGAAGUAGAAAUGAAACUAUACACAUUUGAACCCCACCAAGCACAUAAGCAACCAGUUUCAACAAACAUAAAAGGAAACUCCAUUUCGCUGACCCCUAAGAAUUCAAAAGAGAGAAGCAAUAACGGCAGCACCUCCAUUGUAUUUCUCAUUUAUAACAAUAUUGGGGAUCUUUUAAAGCCUGCUGAUGACCCUGGUGUGGCCGAUUACUCUCGCUAUGCAGCAGCGGGUGAAAUUACAGUUAAUUCGCCAGUAAUAGCAGCAGCCAUCAGUAACCCAAAGACAUUUGCACUGAACAAUGUGAACUUCACUCUCAAACACACACAGGAGAUAUAUCCUGCCCUUGAUGAGACUAAAUGUGCAUUUUGGGAGUAUUCCCAGAGCAUGAUGGGACACUGGAGUUUGGACGGCUGUACACGCACUCGUGUGAAUGCCACGCACACUUCAUGUUCCUGUAAUCACCUGACACACUUCGCUAUUCUCAUGUCCUCUGCUCAAGCCAAUUUGCUUGCACACUAUAAUGUUCUGACGAGAAUAACGCAGCUGGGAAUGGUGAUCUCCAUCAUCUGCCUGUCCAUGUGUAUCUUCACCUUCUGGUUCUUCCGAGACAUCCAGAACACUAGAACCACGAUCCACAAGAACCUGUGCUGCAGCCUCUUCAUGGCCCAGUUCAUCUUCCUCAUCGGGAUUAACAAGAUCGCACAUAAGUGGUUCUGUUCUAUUAUCGCUGGCCUGCUGCACUAUUUCUUCUUGGCUGCAUUUGCUUGGAUGUGUAUAGAGGGGAUCCAUUUAUAUCUCAUUGUUGUUGGCGUCAUCUAUAAUAAAGGUUUUCUCCACCGUAACUUCUACUUAUUUGGUUAUGGGAGUCCUGCUGUGGUUGUUGCAAUAUCUGCAACUCUUGGUCAUAAAUAUUAUGGCACCAGUACUGUGUGUUGGCUAAGCACUGAAAACAACUUCAUCUGGAGUUUCAUAGGACCAGCCUGUCUGAUCAUUCUGGUUAAUCUGCUGGCAUUUGCUGUGAUCAUCUUUAAGGUUUAUCGUCACACUGCAGUGAAGACACCUGAAAUCAGUCACUAUGAAAAUAUCAGGUCUUGUGCAAGAGGAGCCAUUGCUCUGCUGUUUGUUCUGGGAGUUACCUGGACAUUUGGUGUCAUGCACAUCUUAUAUGAGACUACCCUCACAGCGUAUCUCUUUACAUUCGCCAAUGUGUUCCAGGGGAUGUUCAUUUUCGUAUUCCUUUGCGUUCUAUCCAGAAGGAUUCAAGAGGAGUACUACAGAUUAUUCAAGAAUGUUCCAUGUUGUUUUGAGUGUCUGGGAUGAACUUUAUCAAAAGAGAAAUUAACAACAGCACCGGCCUGCAUGCUUUUAAAUUUGAGCACUAUAAAGAUGUACUUAGGAAUGUGUGUGACAAAGUUCAAAUAUAUUUAUUUUUGAGAGAAAUGUAUUAAGUAAAAUGUUACUGCAUGCUAUGAUCUAAAAGUUUCAUAACCAAUUGCAGUCAGUAGCUAAAGGUUUUACAGUCAAUAGCAAUUUUUUUUUUUUUUUUCUGUCUGACAAUUGAUUGUCUAAGAUGAUUUUAUAUGUACUGUAUUCUGGACUAAUAAAAACAUUUUCUACAAGUACUGAUUUGGGUCAUUCCACAAAAUCGGUGCCUUUUCAGGCGUGCAGAUGGCACUAGGGACCCGGGGGGGGAGUCAUACCUCAGACCAAUGAGCCAGCCUGAGCAGCCAUCUUGCCAUGAGCAUCACUGUUCCCAUGGCUUUAAAUGCAAGGGGCAAAAAUAAAAUAAAAAAUAAAAAUGUUAAAGCCUUUUCA